AUGUCCCGGAGCACCUGGAGGCUUCAGCUGGACUCUGUCCGUAUCAAGCUGUGGUGCAAGGAGGAGAAGCUGGGCAACAAGGGAAUGGCAUGGCUGAUGGAGAGGGCCCAAAGCGCCCAGGAGCUGGAUCUGCAGCUUGCGGCAAGCGACAGAGUGCCGGACAUAAUCAGUGCGGUAAUGGAGGCUCCCGGCGGCUUCCGCAGCCUUAUAGCACUGUCCGUGAACUCUUCCUCAGGCUCGGAGGAGUAUGGUCCAGGCCACAUGGCGCGCAUUCAUGAGGCAGUGGCCUGGCUGUUUGGGCAGGCCCAUGGAAUCCAGUUCCUGAGCCUGGAUGAUGCAAGGAGGGAGAUGUGGAGUGACCUGGCUGAUCGCUGGAUCCUUAGGUCGUUCACCCUGGAAGCAAGGGACGAGAGUAUUGAUGAUGAGGCGCAGCUGCCAAAUUGGAUGCUGCGGAUAGUGAGGAUUGACACGCUCGUGUUGUCGCUGAAAAGCUUUGGUAAAGGGUGUGGGGAGCACAUAAAGUUGCAGGGCGCAUUGGCACAUGUCGACCGCCUGUGCCUGGAGUGCAAAGAGGGCCUCUAUGUGGAGGUGCCACAGGAGCAAGCAUGGAGCUGGGUCAAUUUUCACUCUGAUGGCGAGCUGUUUGUGGGCUUCCAGAGUGUGGGUUUCUUUGCGGAGACAGUGCGGCUGUUUUCCUUCCUAUAUGGUGUUCUUCAGGGCACCGGCCUGCUGUCACUAGUGCAGCGACUGCUGCCGCCUGGAUAA